AUGAAGGACCGCGACGCCAUCAAGCUCUUCGUGGGGCAGAUCCCGCGCAACCUGGACGAGAGCGACCUCAAGCCGCUCUUCGAGGAGUUCGGCAGGAUCCACGAGCUCACCGUGCUCAAGGACCGCUUCACCGGCAUGCACAAAGGCUGUGCCUUCCUCACCUACUGCGCCCGCGACUCUGCCCUCAAGGCCCAGAGCGCCCUGCACGAGCAGAAGACGCUGCCGGGGAUGAACCGCCCCAUCCAGGUGAAGCCGGCGGACAGCGAGGGCCGAGGAGAGGAGCGGAAGCUGUUCGUGGGCAUGCUGGGCAAGCAGCAGAGCGAGGACGACGUGCGGCGGCUCUUCGAGCCCUUCGGGCAGAUCGAGGAGUGCACCAUCCUCCGAGGGCCCGACGGCGCCAGCAAAGGAUGCGCCUUCGUGAAGUACGGGAGCCACGGCGAGGCGCAGGCGGCCAUCGGUGGCCUCCACGGCAGCCAGACCAUGCCGGGCGCCUCGUCCAGCCUCGUGGUGAAGUUUGCCGACACGGACAAGGAGCGGACGCUGCGGCGCAUGCACCAGAUGGCCGGGCAGCUGGGCAUCUUCAACCCCAUGAGCAUCCAGUUCGGCGCCUACGGGGCCUACACGCAAGCGAUAAUGCAGCAGCAGGCGGCCCUGAUGGCCGCGGCGCAGGGGACCUGCCUCAACCCCAUGGCCGCCAUCGCCGCUGCCCAGAUGCAGCAAAUGGCCGCCUUCAACGUCGGCGGGCUGGUGGCCGCGCCGCUGACUCCGUCCUCGGGGACGAGCACGCCGCCCGGCAUCAGCACGGCGCCCGUGCCCAGCAUCGCCGCGCCGCUCGGGGUGAACGGCUUCAGCCCGCUGCCGCCGCAGAGCAACGGGCAGCCCGCCUCCGAGACCAUCUACGCCAACGGCAUCCACCCCUACCCAGCUCAGAGUCCCACCGUGGCGGAUCCCCUCCAGCAGGCCUACGCGGGCAUGCAGCACUAUGCAGCAGCAUAUCCCACCGCCUACGCGCCCAUCAGCCAAGCCUUCCCCCAGCAAGCGCCCGUCAUCCCACAGCAGCAGCGAGAAGGUCCCGAAGGCUGUAACCUGUUUAUCUAUCACCUGCCCCAGGAGUUCGGGGACGCGGAGCUCACGCAGAUGUUCUUGCCUUUCGGCAAUGUCAUCUCUGCCAAAGUCUUUGUGGACCGUGCCACCAACCAGAGUAAAUGCUUUGGUUUUGUCAGUUUUGACAACCCUGCCAGCGCUCAGGCGGCCAUCCAGGCCAUGAACGGCUUCCAGAUCGGCAUGAAGAGGCUAAAAGUGCAGCUAAAGCGGCCAAAAGACGCUAACAGACCCUACUGACCCCCGCGAGGAGGUUGGGCGCCCCGCGGCGUCCGGACGGCGUCCCCCUUCCCCACGCGCAGUGUCCAAACCUGUAACUCUCUCUCUUUGCAACAUAUCCUGGCGGAGGAAGAGGAGGAAGCGGAGGAGGACCGCGAAGAGAGCGCGCGCCACGCUGGUCGUAUACCUUUUCUUUUUCUUUUUGGACUUUGGGAUCGGUCUCGCCACGGGAAAGAGAGAGCGAGGACGAGCGGAAGGAGGAGAGAGGCGACGGCGUCGGGCCGAGGCGGGCGGCCGCUGGCGGACACUUUCGGAGCCCCUCGCCGGGAGAGCGCCGCGAUUCCCGGGAGCGCCAGGCCUUGGGACGGGACCUGCCCUUAAUUAUUUUCUUUUUCCCCCCCGUUGUUGUCGUCGUUGUCGUUGUUUUUAAAGCACUCAUUUGCUGCUACGACGUUCGAAGGAGGAAGGAGGCUCCAAACGGAUUAUAAACCAAAGCCGGUGGGAUCGGACCAGGCUCACGUGCGGCGCCUGGGUGACGUUUGCUUGAAAAGGGAAAGAGAAAUCGCGUUUUUUUUUUUUCCCCUACACGCCUGGCUGAGGGAAAAAAAAAUCAAAGGAUACAAGGAUGUUGGACUUAUAGAAGAUCUAUAUAAAUAAGUAUAUAUAUAUAUGUAUGUGUAUAUAUAUAUAUAUAUAUAUAUUUAUAUCCCGUGGAGCAGGGUGGCAGGAGAUGUGCCUCCCCCUGCUUGUCACUGGCACAGGGACAUAGGAUUACUUGUUUCAGAGUCAUAUCAUUCCUUAGAGUUUAGGGACCAAAGGACUAUUGCUUUUUUAAAUAUAUAUAUAAAUAAAUUAAUUAAUAAAAAAAAAGAAAAAAGAAAGGAGGAAGAGAACAGAAGGAAGAAAAAAAGGAGGGAAAAAAAGGAAAAGGGACAGAAAAAAGGUCGAAACAACACCACAGCCCACCCGCCGCCCCGUUCCGGCGCAGAAGCUGCAAGCGUUUCAGAGAGGAGCCCAGCUCGCGGGCCGGGAGCCGCAGGCGGCGGCAGCCGAGGGAAGCUGGUCAAAAGAGCCCCUCGAUCGCCUCGGGGAGACGCCGGAGCCAGUCGCUUCUUUGGCCCUUUUAUUUAUCUAUCUACCUAUUUAUCUAUUUAUUUAUUUAUUUUCCCAGCCGACAAAAAAAAAAAAAAAAAAAAGGAAAAAAGAAAAGAAGGAAAGAAAAUGUGAGGUUUCAGCCAAAAAAG